AUGUGCGAUGCAAACGACUAUAGCAAGAUGUUUGUUGGCGGUCUCAGUUGGGACACAACAGAUGAUGGCUUGAGGAAGUACUUCUCUGAGUUCGGCGAAGUCGAGGAUUGCACGAUUCUGCGCGACCAGGACGGCCGCUCCCGUGGGUUUGCGUUCCUGACGUUCAAGGACCCGGCGUCCGUGAACGCGGUCAUGUGUCGCGAACAUAUCCUCGACGGCAAGACUAUCGACCCGAAGCGUGCUAUUCCGCGCGAAGAGCACCUACGGAACACAAGAUACUUCGUCGGCGGCCUGUCGCACUCGACGACGUCAGACUCGAUGCGGGCGUUCUUCUCGCAGUACGGCAAGGUCGUUGACUGCACUGUCAUGGUCGACCGCGAGUCGGGCCGCUCGAAGGGUUUCGGUUUCGUCACCUUCGAGGACGCCAGCAACACGGACCAGCUCGUUGGGCAGCCGAACCUGAUCCUUGACGACAAGCAGGUGCGUAAAACUUCCCUUCUGUCGCGAAGUUAUACUGUACGUAAUGAGCUGAUCGCCCUCUAG